AUGUCUACAGAACCGGGAGGAGUCGAAUCGGAUUCCGACGCUAUUAUUGGCCUCAAUGCGUCGAGUUUUGGGGGCGGAGUUGCUCAGACAUCUGAAACCCUAGCUGAUGAGUCCUUACCAGUGAAGCUAGCUGGGCUUGAAAAGAGAAAUGGGUUACGUGGACUGAAGAGGGAAACGGAUUCCGUAGAUGGAGAGUCCGAUUUUGGAAGUGAGAUUGAGGAUGAUUCCGAUGCAGAAUCUGAUGAUUUUCGCGAGCAGAGAGAUCUAGAUGGCCCGAGAAAGCAAAAACGAAAACUUGAGAAUGAAGGAGGAGGUGUGGUUUUAGCUGAAGAGGAUCUGAAUCUAUCCGAGUCAGAUUUGGUUUGGGGUAAAGUAAGGAGCUAUCCAUGGUGGCCUGGACAGGUGUGUGAUGCAUCUGCUGCAUCGAAGAGCGCCAUGAAGUACUUCAAGAAGGGGACUUUCUUGGUUUCGUAUUUUGGGGAUUGCAGUUUCGCUUGGAAUGAUGUAACCAUGAUAAAGCCUUUUCAUCAGCAUUUCUCAGAGAUGGACAAGCAGAGUAACUCGCCACAGUUUCGCGAUGCUGUUGAUUGUGCUUUGGAAGAGGUUUCAAGGAGAGUGGAGUUUGGUUUUUCCUGCGCCUGUGUCUCGGAGGAAGCCUAUAACAAGCUCAAGACUCAGCACAUAAUCAAUACUGGAAUUCGAGAGGACUCAAGCGUGAGAUACGGUGGAGACAAGUUGUCAGGUGCUACCUUUUUCGAACCUGCAAAGCUUGUGGAAUAUGUGAAGCAUUUGGCUUGCUUCCCUAUAUAUGAAGAGACUGAUAAGCUGCAGCUUGUGACUAACGAAGCUCAGUUUUUGGCUUUUCAACAAUGGAAAAGCUACCUAAGGCCGGAAGAAUCUGCAGCGCCCUUAGCUUCUCUCCUGGAGCCUAAUACGGAUGAAGAAAUGUCUUCCGAAAAGAGAAAGACUGAUAUCAAGGAUAACGCUGAGCACAAGCAAAGUUUUGCUUCUGAGGAUGUGACUGAAGAAAAGAGGUCCGAUAUUGUUGCAAACAAGGUCUUUGAGAGCGGAUCAGUUGAGAAGUCGCAUUCUGGCAAGAAGCGUAAGUCUGAGAAAAACUCAGAUGAGGAAAACAAUUCGUCUGUGGGGAAUAAACUGCAGAAAGUGGCUGAACCGUGUUUUAGAAUUGGAGUUGUUCCUUUGAGAAUGGAAAGCGUGAUGAGUUCUUCAACUCCUGCAGUGAAGCCUUGCGGUGAUUCUAAGACUGCUUCAAAAGUGGAAGUCGAGAACAAGCCUAAACAUGAAGAGAUUUCUUCUCCUGAUGAGAUGCUCUCAAGCAUUCACUCUGCGAAGGAGAUACCCGAAUCAUUCAGCUUAGAUCACUCCAACUAUCAAGAUUUUGAAAAGUUCAUUACGGAAACAUCUUGCACCAGUCUCAAUCUUGACUCAGAGAAGGCGAGUAUCACUGAAACAUCAGAAACUUGGAAUGUGAAAGACUCCUCGGAUGAGAUGCUCUCGAACCCUCACAAUGCCAAAGGCGGAAAGGAGAUACCCGAAUCAAUGAGCGUAGACCCCUCAGAUUAUGAAGAUAUUGAAAAGUUCAUUGAGGAGUUAUCUUGCAGUAAUGUCAGUGAUGUGAAAGUUUCUUCGGAACAGCAGAUCUUGCCUGUGAAGGAAUACAUAACUGGCUCAGGCUCGGAAGAGCAAACCGGUCUCAAAGACUGUUCUGCAGAUUCUUCAGCACCCAAUGCACUGAUCCUCAAGUUUGCGGAUUCAGGUUCGGUUCCAUCGGAAGAAAAACUGAACAGCAUAUUUAACCGUUACGGUCCCCUGAGAGAAUCGGAGACUCAGAUCAUGAAGAAAGGUAAGAGAGCCAAAGUGGUGUUCAAAAGAGGCGAAGACGCAAAGACUGCCUUCAGCAGCUCCGGGAAAUACAGCACCUUUGGACCUUCUCUUCUAAGUUACAGCCUCAAGUAUGUUUGCCCCAAAGCUAAACAGAGCAACAAGUUGACCAAUUAG